AUGGAGAGCAACGUGAAGCAGGUGGUGGUUGAAGAGCCUCUGGACCCGGAGAAGGGUUGCUGUGGCUCCCAGGGAUGCUGCAAACCAGGCUGCUGCUGCUUGCCCUGCACGAUCUGCUGCUCCAAAUGUGCCCGGUGCUGCCUGCCCCGCUGCUGCAAAUGCCCCAGCUGCCCCGGUUGUCCCGGUUGUUCUUGUCUCAAGAAGUCCCUCUGCUUCAUACCCCGCCUGCUCUGCUACCUGCCCCGUAAACUCCUCAGCUGCCACCACCUCAAGUGUCUCCUCAUCGUGGUGGUGGUGGUGGUCCUGCUGGUGGUCAUCAUCGCCGGCGCCCUGCUGAUGUGGCUGCGAGCGGACCAGCAGCACGCGGACACCGUCCUGCGGAUGACGGGGGAGGGGCUGUGGAGAGGACCAGGGUGGGAAGAGGAUGUGGCCACUUUCUUCUUGGAUGGUGAAGAUGGAAACCUGGCCACGGUCAUUUAUGAUUACAAGAAUCUCCUGGUGAGCUACAGAUCCCAGCUCCAUCACGCUUGUUACAUCACCCGCGUGGACAAGGACAACAUCCCAGGGCUGGAUGCCAUCGCUGAGACCUUCCAACGCCGGCAGGCUGAGAAGAAGCUCGCCAUGCCCCUGGCUGAUCGCUCCCUCCUGGGCACCUCAGCAAGCAUCCUCUGCAGCAUCAUCCCUGUCUACUGGGCUUAG